UUGGAUCUUCUCGUUCUCUUCCCCCGCAUUGCUGGUGCUUAAUUAUUUCUCCCACUAAAUCGUCUGAGUCGAAUUUGCCGUCCCAUUUCCCCAUUGACUUCUGCUCAGUGAAUUCACCAUGGCAUCCCCUAUCUACCUCGGUGUAGUCGGUGUCGGCGGUGUCGGAUCCGCCUUCCUGCAGCAACUGGCCCGCCUGCCGAACGCGCCCCAGCUCGUUCUCCUCGCCCGUUCCUCCCAGACCCUGCGGGCGCCCGCCCCCGCCUACACCCCCGCCCUCCCCGCGGACUGGAAGGCCGCGACCGAGUCGGCCGGCGUGACCCAGUCGGGGGCCUUGUCGGUCGCGGAGAUGGCCUCGUAUCUCGCCGCGGCGCCCGGCCGGGCUGUAUUGGUCGACAACACCAGCGACCCCGCGCUGGCGAGUGCCUACCCCACCUUCCUUCGCCAGGGCGUCUCGGUCGUCACCCCGAAUAAGAAGGGCUUCUCGUCCGACCUGGCCCUGUGGAAGGAGAUCUUCGCGGCCGCCGCGCAGGGCGACGCCCUCGUCUACCACGAGAGCACCGUCGGCGCCGGCCUGCCCGUCAUCUCGACGCUCCGCGAUCUGGUCGCGACGGGCGACCAGGUCACCCGCAUCGAGGGCGUCUUCUCCGGCACCCUGUCCUUCCUCUUCAACACCUUCGCGCCCGUGUCGAGCUCCACCCCCGCGGCACCGUGGAGCCAGGUGGUCUCCCAGGCCAAGGACCUGGGCUACACAGAGCCGGACCCGCGCGAUGACCUAAACGGCAUGGACGUGGCGCGCAAGCUGACGAUCCUGGCGCGCAUCGCGGGCCUCGAUGUGACCGCCCCCGACGCCUUCCCCAUCGAGUCGUUGAUUCCGGCCGAGCUGGCUGGGCUCCCAUCCACCGCAGACGGGAUCACGCAGUUCAUGGCCCGGUUGCCCGAGUUUGACAGCCAGAUGGCCGCGAUCAAGGAUGAGGCCGCGCAGCAGGGCAAGGUGGUGCGGUACGUGGGCAGCAUUGAUGUGGCGACCCAGCAGGUCCGCGUUGGCCUGCAGCAGUUCCCGCAGGACAGUGCCAUCGCCGGCCUCAAGGGCAGCGACAACAUCAUCAGCUUCUACACCCAGCGGUACGGGUCUAACCCGCUGAUUGUCCAGGGCGCUGGCGCUGGCGGCGAUGUGACCGCGAUGGGUGUGACGGCGGAUCUGCUGAAGGUGGUGCAGCGUCUGCGUUGAUUGAAUUGGGGACGGGAAAUUCCCCCUUGGAACAUAGACUUUUGGAAUAGACAAAUCAAUGGGUCCGUCU